AUGUCCUCAUCCAAUGAAAAGAAACAUGCGCCAUGGGUAAAUGCCGUUGCCGGUGGUCUUGGUGGCGCUGCCGCCAAGUCUUUGCUGUCCCCCUUUCAGCGUGUGGUUGUAAUGCAGCAGCUGGGAGAGCACAAGGAGUUCAGCACCUGGCAGUUAGUCCGACACAUUAAGGAGCAGGACGGCUGGAAGGGUUUCUGGAAAGGGAACCUCACUUCUAUGAUCCUCCGCGUGCCGUACUCCGGCAUCCAAUUCGUGUUUUAUAGUCAACUGAAGUUUUUCUUCCAAGACGUCUGUGAACGGUACGUGCGACAACGUCAGGCCCCUGCCGCCGGUGCCCAUCGCCGCAGUGAGACCCUCGAAUUGUUUUUAAUGAAAUGCGGCGCCGGCGGCAUCUCUGCCACCAUUUCAGGGGUUGCGGUGUACCCCGGCGAGGUGGUCCGACUCCGUCUCAUGUCCGGUGAACGGAGAUUUAACGGCAUUUUUAGCACUAUACGGUGCAUCUACAGCGAGACUAACUCGUUGCGUAAUUUUUAUCGUGGACUGGGUGCAUCCCUCAUUCAGCGGGUUCCCGAUCUCUUAGUAAGCUUCGCAACGUACGAAACGAUUAAGUAUCGCUUGAUUGAGAAGGAAUUUCUCAGCUCACACCCCUCGUCUAAAAACAUAGUUGCCACUGUUGUUGGCGGUGGGGCAGCGGCCCUGGCGUCCAUUCUUGUCGCUUUUCCAUUUGAUGUGGCCAAGCGACGCAUCGGCAUGUCAGGACAGGGAAAGAGUAGGGUGGUGUACACGGGGGUGCGGGACUGUCUGCGUCAUGUGUACUCGCAGGAAGGCAUCCGUGGCUGGUACGCAGGGGCGCGUGUUGAGGCGAUACGUUGCGUGCCACAAGUAGUGCUAAUGUGGUUUUUCAUAGAGGGUUGCCAACAGUUUCUAACAGAACAUUGUGCACAGUAG